AUGUCUCUACACUACAAUGAUUUCAAAGUAACUAAAGAGCACGCAGCGAAAUUCAAAUUCUACGACGAAGUUUUGGGAAGAAAUGUGACUUUUCAAGAUCGUAGACGGAAAAAAGUGCAAAUCGAUACGAAAUUGACGUUUUUCAAAAAGGAAGAUAGAGACAAGAUUUUGGUAGAAGAAAAAAUGGAGAAAUUGGAUGUUUUCAAAAAACCCAAAGUUGUUGUGAUUUCGAAAAAACAAAUGAGAAAAAUGAAACAGGCCGAGAAUGCAUUGAAAGAUCAAAAUCAAGCUUCGACUUCGAAACCAGCUGAAAAUUUUGCGAAAAAGAAGGUAUGUCUAAAUAAUUUCAAGCAAAUUCUAGUAGAAAACGUUAUUUUCAGAAGAGUCCAGCUCCAACAUCAACUCAAAAUGUAGCGGCUUCUAAACCUACUGAAAAACCAGUUCCGAAACAGGUCAGCCCGAAAUUCCCGCAAUUUCAAUGAUAAUUGUAAAUUUUAGAAGGUUUCCACUCCAAAACCUGUUCAAAUACAAGCUGAAAAUGUUCCGAAAAAGAAGGUAUGUCUAAAGAUAUUCAAAUAAAAAAUACUUUGAAUCGUGAUUUUCAGAAAACUCCAGCGGCGACACAACCCCAAAAACCAGCUCCAAAACAGGUUAAUUUGAAAAGCUCAAUGUGAUAUUCUAAAUUCUUUUGAUUUCAGAAAGCUUCAGCCCCAAAGUCAACUAAAAAUCCAGCUCAAAAACAGGUACAUUCAUAAAUUUUAAUUCAAAAAGUUCGUAAUUUUCCUGAUUUUCAGAAGAAUGCAGCUCCGAAAUCAACUGGAAAAUCAGCUCCAAAAAAGGUUAGCCCGAUUUUCCAACUAUCUUAAAAUUAAAAUUGUGAAUUUUCAAAGGCUCAAGUUUCACAACCUGCUCAAAAACCGGUUGAACAUCGGGUAAAUUAAAUUUUCAAAGCUUAAUUUUUCAAAUAAUGAAUUUUAGGAUAUUCCAUCUAAUAAUCAUGCUGAAUGUGUUACAACUUUCAUCGAACACAAUCCAAUAUUAUAUGAAGAUCGGAAAAUUCCACCUUCAAAAAAGUCAAGACAACGGGUAAAUUUAGUUAAAUAAACCAGUUAGAAUUCAAUUUUUUAUUUCCAGGCUCGUGCCAGAGAACGCAAAAAUCUUGCGAAACUUCAAAAUUCAGCUGAAGAAGAAGUUAGUUCCAGAUUUUCAGUUGGAAAUCAUACAAUUUUCUCAUUUUUAGAAUGGUCCAGCUCCACAACCUGCUCAAACACUGGUUGAAAAUCAGGUAAAUUAAAUUUUUAAAGACUAAUUUUUCAAAUAAUGAAUUUUAGGAAAUUCCAUCUUGGAAUCAUGCUGAAUGGGUUACAACUUUCAUCGAAAAUAAUCCAUUAUUAUAUUUGGAAUCACUCAUAAAGAGAAGUGGAGUUCGGAAAAUUCCAGAAUCUUCAAAAAAGUCAAGAAAACGGGUUAGUUUGGUAAAACAACCCAGUUAGAAUUAACUCUUCUAUUUCCAGGCUCGUGCCAGAAAACGCAAAAAUCUUGCGAAACUGCAAAAUCCAGCUGAAGAAGAGAUGAGUUUCAGAUUUUUGGUUUGAACGUAUAAAUUCUAUCAUUUUUCAGAAUGGUCUAGCUCCACAACCUGCUAAACCACUAGUUGAAAAUCAGGUACAUUCAUAAAAUUCUAUUAAAAAUUCGGAAUUUUCCUGAUUUUCAGAAGGAAUCAGCUUCAAAACCUGCUGAGAAAAUAUCUAAAAAGAAGGCUAAAUGGAUCAGAAAUUUCAUCGGAUACAAAUCAACAUAUUCAGAUGCCGUCAAGGUGAAAUUAAAAAAAUCAAACUUCAUUCAAAAUUAUGAUUUUCAGACGGAUCCAACUCCUGAACCGGCUGUAAAUCAUCCAAGAAUCAUUACUGAACAAAGUCUGCCAAAGCUUUCACUUCAAAUGUCACAAGAAAACCCGUGGUUCUAUAAUUGCUGGUAA